UAGAGCUACAUGUUCAAAAUUUUUUUUUUUUUUUUUUUCAAAGUUGUUAUUUACAUUAGUUCAAAUUUUAAUCUGGUAAAACUACAGACUACACAAUUUCUCUACGACACCAAAAUGUGCGAUUGCGAGAACUCUGAGGAUGUAAAUAGAGGGAAAAACCGAUCAUUUCUCGUGGAAAGUAAUGUAUCGAAAAGUGAGAACAUAGAAAGCAAAACAGAAGGUAAUGAAAUUUCUGUGGACAAUGCCAAAAAAUAUAAAACACGUUUGUAUAAGAGAAGAUGGGUCAUAGUUUCCCUCUUUAGCUCCUACUCGUUGUGUAACGCAUUUCAAUGGAUCCAGUACGGAAUAAUCAACAACCUCUUUAUGGAAUUCUAUAACGUCAAUUCAUUUGCUAUAGACUGGAUGUCAAUGAUCUACAUGUUGACUUACGUACCGUUCAUAUUUCCCGUAACAUGGCUUUUGGACAAAAAAGGGCUACGUAUAAUUGCGCUCGCAGCGACCAGCAUAAAUUGCGUCGGCGCUUGGAUCAAAGUGGCAAGUGUUAAACCUCACCUGUUCUGGGUGACAGUGCUAGGACAGUUUGCCUGUUCACUUGCCCAGGUCUUCAUCCUUGGAAUGCCAUCCCGGAUAGCGUCUGUGUGGUUCGGCACAGGGGAGGUUUCCACUGCGUGCUUGAUUGGCGUUUUUGGGAAUCAGCUUGGCAUUGCCAUUGGGUUCUUGGUGCCACCUGUUCUUGUGCCGAAUGUGGGUGACAUGGAUGAACUGGCCCAUCACAUCAGCGUCAUGUUCUAUAUCACAGCUGGAGCUGCCACACUGAUCUUCAUUCUGGUUCUCAUCAUGUUCCAGGAGAAGCCAGACAUCCCACCCUCCCAGGCGCAGGUAGUGAUGCAAAACAUGGCUCCUCAAGAGUCCUCUUACCGGGCCUCUGUUGGUAGACUCCUCCACAACACUCCCUUUGUCCUGCUCCUCAUCACCUAUGGAUUAAAUGUUGGAUGUUUUUAUGCUGUUUCCACCCUGCUUAAUCGGAUGCUUAUUAACCACUACCCUGGGGAGGAGGUGAAUGUUGGAAGAAUUGGCCUAACUAUUGUCAUUGCUGGUAUGGUGGGCUCCCUCAUCUGUGGAAUCUGGUUGGACAAAACUAAGACAUACAAGCAGACCACAGUUGCUGUAUACCUCCUGUCUUUUGUGGGAAUGGUGGUCUACACUUUCACCCUUAACUUAGGCCAUCUCUGGGCGGUCUUCAUUACAUCAGCAGCACUUGGAUUUUUCAUGACUGGCUACCUGCCACUGGGCUUUGAGUUCGCAGUUGAGCUUACGUACCCAGAGUCAGAGGGUACAUCCUCAGGCCUGCUCAACUGUUCAGCACAGGUGUUUGGAAUCAUAUUCACAAUAUGUCAAGGCAAAAUCAUUGACUACUAUGGGACACUAGCUGGAAACAUCUUUCUAUCUGUUUUUCUCCUCCUAGGGACCAUCCUAACAGCAUUCAUAAAGGCAGACCUGCGACGGCAGAAGUCUAACCAGCAGGAAGACACACAGAAGCAGUCAGGACACAAAGAGGAAGGAAUAUCUUCACCAUGCAAAGAGGUCAAGGUCUAGGAAAAAAAGGCUUCUGAGCAGCUCUGUCUUACAUGCCCAAACCUAUUUGUUUACACAGGUAUACAGAGAGAAGGGAGAUUCAUCAUAACCACACAUACAUACAUUCUACACAGAAACAUCCAUAUCCUUUUGUGAGGAAAUCUGAUUAUAUAUGACUAAGCUGUGGCUAACGUCUGUUGAGUCACUAAAGAGACAUUAUGGUGGGCAAAAUUAUACUAUUCAUUAAAGAUAUAUCCCAUACUGCCAAAAGGACAGCUAGAAUAUCACAAUGUUUGUAAUGCGAUUUUAUCUAAUAAAAUGUAAGCAUAGCUUUUCUCCAGAUUGUGAUGACAUGUAAUUUGUAGCACUGGUAGGAUUUUAAUAUACAUUCAUUUGUAUGAUUAAUUGAGUGCUGACUGUCUAGAUCACGCUUUACGCUUGGGAAGUAGGUCACCACCGUAAGUUUUAUUUUUGUUCCUACAGAUUUCAACCAUCUCCAAGUCUUUUUUUUUUUUAAACAGGAUCUAUAUGUUUAUAUUGAUGAAUGUCUUAAUGUGUACGGUGUGCUUUAUGUUUAGACUGUUUUAGGAUAAAGGUAUGGGCAGAUUCAGAGAUGGUGGUGCUCUUUGGUCACCCAGAAGUAGACAGAAUGAACUCACUUGACUAAGUUUUUCUGCCAAAUGCUUCUUGUUGAAGAUUACUGAGGAGGUAACCUGGAGUAGUACUGAUUUGCUGGUCCAGUUGAUGUUGCACAUCAAAGUAAUAUCUUUGAUCCAGGAAAAGGUUAUGUUUUUACUGCAUUUUAAAAAAUGACCACAAAGACUAUAUUUUCUGUCAGAACUGGAGGCAGUAAUAAUGUGCUUAGUUUAUUUAAAACUACUAGCAGUUCACCUAGCUGUCCCUAUGUGGGAAACACUAAUUUACUUAAAAUGUUUAAAACACUUUCAUUCAGAACCAGUUUCUUAAAGUUUCUCUAUGCACUAUACAGAGCUACCAGUAGAAAUUGACCUAUGCUCAUAUUUAAAAGCGAGUCAGCCAUGCAGAAGACAAGGUAAUAAUAAUGCAUACAUUUAAGGCUAACCACACAUAAACAUUUAACCUACCAAAAACACAUAUUAGACCACUAAACAAUGGCAUUAGUUAUUUAAGUUAGCAAUGGCAUUGGUUGUGUUAGCAAAAGGGGGGCAAUGCUAACUAGAUUACACAAGCUUGAAAAAUGAAAAUUAUAAACAGUAAACUGCUCAUUUUUCAAGCCUUUUAAAUCCAGCUUUAAUGAUAUGAUGAGGCACAAUCAAAAUGACAUAAUUCACAUGUAGUUUUGUCUCCAAGGAAUUAUUACACAUGUGAGUUUUCUUAAUAUGGAAUGUAAAUGAUUACACACACAAAGAAAAACCUUUUCUCAUGCCAAAAGUGAGAGAGCAGGGAACAGGAGUGAGAUGAGAAGAACAGACAGAAAGAGUGAAAGCAAAUGGAGAACAUGGGGAGUAAGAGUGAGAGCAAAACAGACGUGAGAAGAGCACCCAAACCAGGGCCUUUUACAAAGAGUAUAUAUCCAUAAAUCUACCCCUCUGGCUGACUAUCAAACAAAGGGGUUGUGCUCUGCCCCCUUAAUUCUGUGUGCCCCAGUACAACAGGUAGUAUAGAAAUGCUCUCUGCACCGACCCACUUCACGUAUUGAUACACUAUAUACACUAGUGUCAAGGAAAAUAUAGCUGUUAUGUUCUUAAAUUAUUUUACAAAGUGCUUAUAACAUUGUGAGACUUAAACAUUCAGUGCUGUCAUAUUUCCAUUCAAUUGUAAAUUAACUUUCUUUAAAAAAUCUGUGGUGUAUUCAGAUCUGUUACAGAACAAUACUGUUCAAUACUCCAGUACUCUUCUUAGAAGAAAAUAAAAUUGAACCAAAUUCCCAUGUCUUAUAGAAACAUUUUUUGUUUUGAAUUAAAAGUUACAUUUUAAAGUGUAAAUAAUCAUUUACUUUAACA